AUGUUUUCAUUAAUAAGCACUUCAAUUGAUAAAUCAAUCUAUUAUGUCCCAACAAGAGAAAAUUAUUUUGCACUGGUAUGUAUGAAGUUAUUAUUACUACUAGACGAGCUUAUAAGUGUCGCAUACUAACUAUUUAAGGCUUGA